AUGAGAUUUAUUGUAAUAGCUUUUUUACUUUUGAUUCAAGUUAAUACUUAGGAUUCAUAGCCUGAUGGAUUUAUUAAUAUUAGCACAUCUUGCAUCAUUAAAAUGGAAAACAAAACUCCUUGCUAAAAUUAUGAUAACAGAUGCAAUAAUGCAUUAAAUGAAGCUGAACUCUGUAUGAGAAAAUGCUUUUAAUUCUAUAAAAAUAAUGAAGUGUAUAGUUGUAUAAGACUUUCUUGUAAAUCUGCUAAUAAAAAUGUUUAAUAACUUAUUGAUUUUUCCUUAUUGUGCCUAAAUGCUACUAAAAUAUUCAUCGCUUUUGAAAUUUUUGCUCUUCUAAUUUUAUUUAUAUAUUGA